CAAGAACCCACUACAAAUAAUCUAUCAGUUCCACAGCCACCGAUAACCAUGUGACAUUCCCCUAGUACUUCCCAUGAAGCGAAAAAUGAAGCAUCCGCUCCCGGUGCGGGGAACAGUUCCCCUGUUCUCCACAACAGCUGCCGGAUCGAUCGCAACACUUUUUCUCCACACUGCUUCGCAAACAAGACAAAUCCACGCACUGGUGAUAGCGAAGGACGCAGCAGCAGCGGCAGCGUCGUCAGCAAGAACUUCUUCCACGUCGAAACAGAAGCCCACGAGCGCGACCUUUUCAACAAAUUUGAUCCCAGACGAGGUUUCCACGAAGACGGAUAUCAGGACAGAAACUACAUCAGGCUCUUCUUCUGUAUCCCUCGACCAGAAAAAUAAAUCUUCCUCCGCAAGCAAAAAGUCCGCUUCGAAGAAGAAGGCGAAAUUAGAGGAGGCAAAGAAGACUUUCGAGCGGGACCAGAAGGAGCUGGAGAAUUUACAGAAAGAAGAGGAUGAAAACGAGGAUACUAUCCUAUGUAAAAACGUCCCCACGACCCCAUAGUCAAGAUGGGGAAUCGGCUAGACAAGUCCGCGAGCUUUGGCCCGUUUGCAUGACAAAUUCGGAAUCGCAGUCUAGUGCUGUUUGAGGUAGUUCAGCAGCAUCACAGAUCUGGCGCAUCAUGCUGAUUGGCGCAAUACAAAUUCCAAAACACGAUCAGAAGAUGCUUCUCUUCCGGCUCCGCAUGACAAACAUUUUGGGCAUGCAGAUUUGCAUGACAACUGUGCAGUGGGGACGUUUUUACACAGGAUAGAUACCACCGAAACUGAAAAUGAGGAAGAUUCGGUAGAGUCAGAGGGUAAAUCAGCAUCGGAGCAACUAUAUCCAUUGCAAAUAUGUCUGGGUCUGGAAGAGUCUAUAGAUUUGUGAUGCAUGUUUUGCAAUGACCCAUGAUCGUCUGUGAUGUAUGCCCUACCAUCACAGAUUUUUAGAACCCUUCCUAAUGCCUAUUCCGCAUGACAAACGCCCUCCCGGCGUAGCACAAACUAGAGUCCUCCUGCUGGUGAUGCAAUACUUACAGAUUUUUUUUAGAUUCCAAAGUUGCCAUCACAAGUUGCACUCUUCCAGACCCAGACAUAUUUGCAAUGCAUAAACUAGAUGAGCUGGAGAAGGAGGAAGACGAGAGGACGGGGGACCACCAGGAAGAGUCUUCUUCCAACCCGUCAUCCGCUACAGAAACAGUGUUGAACGAAAAGAAGUCAACAAAAGCUGCUAGUGCAGGAGCAUCAUCAUCUGCAACAAGUGCAUCAACCACCUCUGGAAGUAGAACAAGAAAAGCGAAAAAAUCACAAUCGGAAAUCGAGAAGGGGAACUUCGAAGCCAGUCUGCCCACCAUCUAUGAGGGUGCACAACUCCCCCUCCCCCUCAUUUGUCAUGCAAAACCGCAAAUGCAAAUCCAUUUGGUGCCCUUUGGUUGUACUGUGUGCAUGACAAGAAAUUUCGGAAGGCCAAACGGCACUACCUUCGGCCGGUGAACUUGUCAUGCACAGGCCCCAGGAGUGCUGGUGUUUGUUUUGCUGUUCAUGUCAUACAAAUGAUGGGGAGAUGGAGUUGUGCACUCUCAUGCCAUCCCCUCGGGUAUCAUAACCCCGCCAACCGCGGAGAAGGCGAAAGUGCCGAAAUCCGUGUACAGCAAGGCGGAAGAGGCGAUGUUUCUCAACAAGGGAAAGCAGGACCCCACUGCGGGAGUGGCCACCGCCACCGGGACCGCAACCCCAGCACCCGCCCCAGGAGCGACGAGCACAACACAAGCGGCGGGGGACGUGACAACCAAGGGCGGCGAUCCCAUGUCGCAGGCGCAGGUGCAAACAAGUCAGUGGUAUCCGGGGGAGGGGGCGGCGAAAAAUUCCGUGUACUGCCAGGGAGUUUUGAUGCUCAACUCUGUGAAUCAAACGGUGUGGGUGCCGAGAACGGAAAAGUUGUGCGCGGGGGCGAUGCGAUAUUUGAACGGACCGAGGGCGUGCGAGUAUUCUGGUUUGAUAUUAGUAAGUUGUCAUGCCAAAAAGGGAAUGCAGGCCCUGUUUGUCAUGCAUCCUAGCAUCUCGUUAUUGUCAAACACGUAUUAAUUUAUUACAUCAGGUACGACCAAGUUUCCAAAAUUUGUCGUCCACGCACCGCCGCGUGCAAAUCUCCGCAAGCGACCUACGCGUGCGAAGCCUGGGCCCACUGCAAGGUUACCGCGGACAACGGUUGCGGGCCGAUAACGGAUUUGAAGGCCAUUGAGGGCAUGAUGGCAAAAGCGAACAGCUAUAUGGCGAUAGGUAUCCUGUGCAAAUAAAGUACUAUCGCACUCGUAUAUGAUUGCAGAUCUGCAUGGCAAACUUGUGCUCUCGCGUAAUUGUGCAUGACAAAUUGUAUUCUUUAACGCGGAAGGACAAUCUGUAAUGCAAAAACUUAUGCCACUUCUGCGAUACUAGUUUUGCAAUGCAUAUUUGGGUACGCUUUGUCGGAUGUAGUCGCGGUGGUGAAAAACGGAACGGCGAAUGCGGCAGCCACUGCUGCGCCUGCAGCCGAUGCUGCAACCACUGCGGCGCCGGCGGCAGCUGCUGCAACCACUGCGGCACCGGCAGCAGCACCAGCGGCAGCUGCCGGAACAACGGCGGUUUUGUAGUGAACACCGGAAGUGGAGCCGGAAGACGAGAGGGAAACGGCGAUAAGAUGGAGAUAAGCACAACUUUACGUGGGUGGAGUUGAAAAAAAAGUUUCUUUUUGAAGGAAUAAAACGACGUUGGACAGAAUCAAAUCUAGUGACAAGCAGAGAGGACUAGGUUUUUCAACAUCAAACUUUAUAUUCUUGAGAUUACAGGCAAAAAAUUUGCAGGACAAAUUUCGAAUUUCAUUUCAGAUUACACCGGAUUCCGAGCUACACAGGGAAGAAUCUAAGUCUAGUAUUUCGGCAAGUUAAUCAUGAGCUAUGCUCUAGUACUGAUGAGUACGUGCGUAGCCCGUAUGCUUUUUUGAAUGCCACUCCUGUACACCAAAAUUAAUGAACAUUCUCAAAGGUAGUUUCUUCAAAAACUCGGCAACAAGUAGCAGCUGCAUGUUUUCCAUCCCCAAGGGACCAGUUUUGAGCAGGUUGCG